GCUCGAACGUUAAAUCGCGCGCAUCAAGGCAAGAGAAGGCACGCAAAAACAAGUUUGAGUUUUCGAAAACGUCCGUCGUUUCGCGUGUGCCCAAGCAAAGGAAAAUCAAAAAUCCAAAGCAAGCACACACACACACAUACAGGAGGAAAACAAAACGAACGACGAAUGUAAGACAGCAGCAUUACAUACUGAGCAGAAACAGGCGAAGUUGUCGUUGUGGGCAUACUUUUCCAAUACGAAUUUUAGAACACGCACCACACAAAUGACGCGGACGAACCCCCGAACCCCAUAAGACAAGCAUAUAGAAUCAAAUUGGAUUUACGCACACGAUAAGUAAGCCAACCGUAGACGUUCGGCGUCGUCGGUGCUCUUCUUCUUCUUGUAGGGAAUGGAAACGUAAAGGCGAAACAACAAAAUACCGGAAAUCAGGCGUAGACAUUGCCACACACCACACACACACACUAAAAUACACACUGAGAGAAAUGUUUACGUGCAUGUAUUGGGUUAUUUGUUUGUGUAGCAAGCCAACAUUAACCCUAAUCCCCACACAGCUGAGCAAGACGUAGAGCCAUGAUGGUAUGGCAAAUGGAUUGCCGCUGCUGCUGCUCCUGUUCGUUUAAACCUAUUAAAGACAAAUUCGUAACGCAAUGCAAAUGCAAGUGCACGCAAUAGCCGUCGGAAGUUUUGACAAGUGUCUAAUUAAAACUAAAAAGGAGAAAGGGUUUUUACCAAAACGGCACUACAAAAAAAUGUUAAAUGAAAAAAUCAAAAUAUAAAAAAACACACAAUUUGAAUAAAAAUGUUGAUCAUGUCAAUAAUUUCUAUGUCAAAACUGUCGAACAACUGCUAGGGGAGGGCGUUUAUAAUCAAUGUCAGUGCGGGGUGUUAAGGUGUCUGGCGUCGGCCCAUGACUGUAGAAAACGUGUUUCGGUCAUUGUAGUUACUUUAAUGUAAGAACCAAAAUAUCAAAGACAACAACAAGAAAAGAGCCAGCCAAAAACGUUAACAUACCUAUAACGAAAUGUUCUUUCAAAUGUCAAACAAGUGUCAAGUUAUUAUUAGCACGGUAAUUUUUGCGUUGACAUUUGCCUUAGUUGCCCCUACAGUAUGUGUGAGCAUUGUUGUUGUUAAUGUACCCUCUCCCACUCUUUGACUCUCUGCCAAUGGUGAUUACUUUCUAAACACUUUGCAUUUAGAGGGUUUUGUUUUGGUUUUCCUUGCUGUUUACUUAAAUAAUAAUUACAACGUCAACAGAAAAGUAGAGAGAAAAAAAAAAAAUACAAAUAACCACAAAAGAGCAUCAACGUAAAUGCAAAAAAAAAAAAAUAAAUAAAAAAACUCACCUCAUUUUACUGUCUGUCAGUCACUCACUGUCUUUUGUAAUGACAUUUUUUGUUUUUUUUUUUCAUAACAAAAGAGUGUCAAGUUCCUUAAACUCACAUGCAUACACACACAGGUAUACGCACUCUUGAAAGCGCUGCAGCCCCUACUAAUUCUUCACUAAAUGAAACGAAAUUUUGGAAUUCAAUCCUGAAAAUAACAUAAAUGUGCUAUGCAAAAAAGACAAAAAAAAUGUCAUGGCUACACGUGCAAAAUUCCAAUAGAAAAAUAAUUGUUUGAAACGUCUUCAUUUCAAAAUACAAUCCACUUGAAGAUAUAAAAAAAAAAAAAAUCUACAUCUGAGUAAAAAAAAAAAAAAUAAGAAACAGUAGCGUGUAUUGGUCGACAUGUCAUCAUAUCAACUUGAUUGUGGAUAUCCGACGGCAAAUCAGUUUUUAACAUCCAGCCAACAUGCUGUCAGUGGGCAUCCAAUUGUGCAGUCUCCUUUGGCCGCCACAACACUAACCACAAACUCCUCCUCGAUUAGUCCUUCGCCGGCAGCGGGAGCCGAGAAUAGUAUGGCGAGUAGUAAUAGUGACAGUUCCGUCGGUACCCUAACUCCGGAUGCGGUAUCGCAAACAUCUGCUUUGGGCAGCACAACGACAGCCUCAACAGCGGUUUGCAGUUCAAUGGAUAAUGCAGUUCAUCCGUACACCCUAUCAGUGGUGGCGGGCAGCAGUGGCGGUCUAAUGACCAGUGGUGGUGGUGUUGGCUGUGGAAUAGGUAUUCUUAGUGGAGGAAUAGGCUCCACCGCAACCCCUGCAUGCUGUGAUAAUGGUCGACCCCUGGUUACUGAUCCAGUGACUGGCCAGACAAUGUGUCCUUGCCAAUACGAUGCCGCCAGCAAUUCGAGUAGACUUUCAUCUCUGGGCCCUUAUAGCCGAUUAACUGCUGCCACCCCUGUUGCCGGUGUGGGGAUGAGUGUGUUUGGCUCUACGUACCCAUCAAAUGAUCAGAAUCCCUAUCCUAGUAUAGCUGUGGAAACUGCAACACCAUUUUAUACCAGUUUGAAUUCCCCAUAUGCCUUAAAAGAUACAACAAGCAGCACGGCUGCCUGGACCUCAACGGCGUUGCAGCCCUCCAGUUAUUAUGCCUACGAUCCAACAUUUGGUGCGUGCGGAACGGGCUUGCUGUAUAUUCACCGGGAUACUGUAGCCAAUAGAACUUCAUCACACCAGCUAAAUAAUAUCAAAGAGGGACGCCCAACACCCAGCGCAGAUUAUUACCAAAUGCAAUAUAUUGUAAACCCAGUGCAGUAA